ACAUCAAACCCUAAACCCCUCUGCUCCCCUCUCGCGCCGCCGCCAUGUCGCCGCAGCAGCAGCACCCGGUGCCCCGAGCAACGGUGGCCGGCGCCGUGGCCUCCCUGACCAAGUGGAUGAAGAAGCGCGCUGCGGCCGCUACCCCGAACCUCCUCGCCGACGAGCGCGACGACCUCGUCCUCCUCCAGCUCUCGCUCCGCCGCGUCCCGGCCUCGCCAACCACCAGGCCGCACUUGCUCCCACUCCCGCACCCCGUCGUCGCGCACGCCGGCGCCUCCGUCUGCGUCAUCUCCGACGAUCGCCCCAACUCGCGGUCCCCGCCCGCCUCCGACCUCCUCGAUGCGUCCAAGUCGCUCCACUUCCCCGUCUCCGAGGUCAUCCCGCUCUCCACGCUCCGCACCGACUACCGCCCCUACGAGUCGCGCCGCCGCCUCGCCGGCUCCCACGACCUCUUCAUCGCCGACCGCGCCAUCCUCCCGCUGCUGCCGCGCGUCCUCGGGAAGGCGUUCUACUCCACCAAGAAGGCUCCGAUCGGAGUCGACUUUACCCGCGUCGGGUGGCCGGAGCAGGUCCGCAAGGUGCUGGGCUCGUCGUUUUUGUACCUGCGGUCGGGGACCUGCUCCGGGAUCAAGGUGGGGAGGCUAGACAUGGAGGAAGAGGAGAUUCUGGACAAUGUGAUGGCGGCGGUGGAGGCGGCCGUGGAAAAGGUGCCAAAGAAGUGGGCAAACGUGAGGGCGCUGCAUCUGAAGGCUGUGGAUUCGGUUGCCCUGCCAAUUUACCAGGCUGUACCGGAGUUGGGUAUGAAGAUUGAGGUGCCGGUUGCGCGAUUGGAGGGAGAAGUUGGUGCUGGGGAGGUCAUUGAUGCUGCAGAAGUGGAUACUGGGAGGAAGAUGACGAACAAGAAGAAGGCAUUGAGAGGAGAGGGAGUUGUCAAGGAGGAGAGUGGCAAGAGGAAGAGGAAUAGGAAGGAGCAGGAUGUUGUGAUGCAGGAAGAAGUGCAGGCAGAGACCGUGAAGAAGGGAAGGAAGAGUAUUGUGGUUUCUGUUGAUGAGGAGCAGAAGGUUGGCAAUGGUAAAGAGAAUGGCAAGCGUGCAUCGGUAAAUGUGGUGGAGGAGGCAAGCAAGAACAAUAAGAAGGGUAAGAAAGGCAAGAAGGACGAUCCCAAGCUUGAAUUGGAGGAUGAUGUGGAUGAUCUUGGCAAGAACAAGACUAAGGGUAAGAAGGGGACAAUCGGGGAGGGAAAGAAUAAGAAGAGCAUGAAGGGUAGAGGAGAUGGUGGUGAAGUCCGUGUGGAGGAAAGCCAGGAAGAUAAGAAGAGCAAGGGGAAGAAAUCGGAUGGCAGUAAGAUCAAGAAGACAAGGACCAGGGUAAGGGUAUAAUGUUACAGUUGAUAUUCCUGCUGGAGAUGCCUGUUAAAACAUUGGAUUGACAAUGUUCUCCAUUGAGGCCAGCUGGAUAUGCAAAGCAUUGAUAAACUGGGUUAAUCACUUGUAAUUCAGCUGGAAGAACCAUAUCAUCUGUCAAGGUUCUCUGUUGUAUCGGUAGGCCCCCCUUGAUAAGGUCACCUAUCAAUUAUACUGCAGGAUGCUGUAACAUUUGAUCCCUCAGAGGUUUCUUCUGAAGUUGUUUCAUCAGGUUUUGUUUGCUUAGUAGCUCAAGCCUUUGGCUUAUAGAACUAUGGUGAAACUGUUUCUUGCUAAGACUGUAAUUCAUUUGAAUCAUAGCAAUUUUGUGUUCAUCUAAGAAUGUGCUUGUGUUGUCCUGUCUUCUCUGAAGUACCUGUCAUCUAGCUUUCACCUCGACGAUAUACUAGGUGGAAUUAUAUGAAUUGUCAGACUUGAUGAAUUUUCUCCCACAAUGUCACUGUCAUCUAGCUUUCACACAAUAUGAAUUGUUUCUUCAGUCA